AUGAACUGGAGAGCGAGUACUCUUCGUAUUUCUUACCAUGCUAGGGUUGUUCACAAAUGGGGAAUUUCUUCCCGACUUCCUAGUUUUGGGCACAAACUGAGUUCCCCCUUUGAUCGAAAAACAGCCUGGUCGCGUCGAUGUUCAUCGCAAUGGACGUCCAAUCCGAGAGUCUUCCCAGUCUUUGAUCUCGGGCUACUGGAUUCAUCUCUCAAGAUUGAAGAAGAGCUUGCAAUGGGGUAUGAGCCCAGCGAGACAUAUACGUAUCCCGUUGAGGAUGAAAAAAUCCUGAACAACAGGUACCAAAUUCUACAUAAAAUCGGCUAUGGGCCCACAGCAACUGUUUGGUAUGCUGUUGAUAUAAUGGAGCCCAGAAUGGUUGUCUUGAAGAUCUAUGUGGUGGACCAUAUGCUCAAGACUUAUGGGCGGCUCCACCCACCAAAAUUAUACCAGCAAAGCGAGUGCCCUCUUCACAAAGUUAGCGAUCGUUUUUCAAUCAAGGGUCCUCGCGGCCCUCAUAUUUGUGUGGUCCAUGAGGGACCCCCGCUAGAACCAGGACAGAUGCAUUUAGGAGACAAGCUGGAUAUCGAGUCGAUGAGGUCUACAAUGAAACAAAUGCUAGUCCUGGUGGACUUCCUACACACUGAUUGUUAUCUCACUGCCCGCAUAAUGCCAAACGCAGCAUUAAAUGUUGGUUCCGACCACAGACGAGUUGCUGGACCUAGCAAUGACGAGCUUAUCACCCCAAUGAUACUACCAGGCGACGGCGUUCCCCUCAUUCUGAACUUCCCAGAUAAUGAGAUGUCCGGUAUUGUCGAAAAACAUUGCAGGUCUCCUGAACAGGUCCUGAAAUCGAAAUGCGACCACAGGGCAGAUAUUUGGGCUACUGCUAUAGCUGCAUGGAAUUACACCAGUUCUCAAGGGCUCAUUGAUGGACGAAACUCGGAUGGAGCCUUUGAUGAUCGGGUGCACAUCGCAGAGCUGGUUGCUCUACUUGGUCCUCCUCCACCAGAGUUUUGCCACAAGAUGCGGCUAGGCUCCAUGUUCUGGGAUGAAGAAGGGAAAUGGGCGGGCCAAGCUCCCAUACCCGAUCGAAGCUUAGAGAGCCUGGCAGCUGAUAAUAUCGACGGCGAGGAUGUGGAAGGCUUCCUGCAGUGGAUACGAAAAGCGCUACAAUGGGAUCCUAAAGAUCGGCCAACGGCUCUAGGGCUCUUGCGUCAUGAGUGGAUGUCCCGAAAGACGAAGGAUGGGGAAGCAGAAGGUAUGGAUGUCCCCGAAGACAGCACCGAAGCCUAA